AUGAAUCCCUUAUCAAACUUCCUUUGCAAAGACCUUGCCCUCAAUCACUCAUCACCCUCUCUUCCAAUCCUAGGCGGAUAUUAUAUGGGAAAAGAUGAAGAACUUAAAGAAGCCGAACAAGACUGGAGUUCUUUUGGGAUAAUAAACUCUUCCCUUCUGUUACAAAAAUGGACUCAAGAAGGAUUAAUUUCUAUUGAUGAAGACAAGUCAAAACUAACUAGUGUUAAUAAUGAAGAUUAUUUAAAAGAGGCUGGUAAUGAAAACCAAUCUAAUUCACAAAUUAAAUCAAAGGUUUAUAAGAAGGAUCAUUCUAUCACUGAGCUUGCCAAUGAAAUCUUAAAAGGAGAUCAACAGUGUGUUUUUAAUUUUAAUAAAAACACUCAAGUAUCUCACAAGUUAGAAACUCACAAAAAGAGGGAAAGAGCUGAUGCUAAAAUCAAGAAAGCUCUACGAUUUACUAAAAACUAUAUCAAGAAGUUGUUCAAAUCAAUGAAUCCGAUGAUCGCACAUAAAAGAUAUGUCAAUUGUAGUGCCAUGAAGAUAUUUGGAAGAAUGAAACUCACUUUGUCCAGCAUACUCAGUGAAGAUCUUCUUGCAGAUGACUUGGUCUAUUACACAAUUGGAAUCCUGGGACUUAAAAAGUCAAGCCACCUCAAUUGCAAGCAAAAGAUUAAAAGAGAAAUAUCUGACUUUCUCGGAACAAAUAGAACAUUCACUUACAAGAAGCUGAAGAAGACAUUGCAAUCAAGCAGUUUUAGAGUCUUAUGUAGAUACAUGAUUUCACAGGCUGAUGAGACUAUAGUUGAGUCUCUAGAGCAAGUCUUAGAUUUAGAGUAAAGACUUCUUCCAGAAGGUCUCAUUUAAACACUCCUUUUUGAGCAGCUGACGGUGUUGAAUA